AUGACAACUGAACUAUCACCUCAAGAUCAAUAUGAUUUAAUAACAAAAGGUUUACAAGAAGUAUUAAAUGCUCAAAUUAUAAAAGAUGUUUUAGAAAAAGAAAAAAGACCAUUAAAAAUUUAUUGGGGUACAGCACCAACUGGUAAACCACAUUGUGGAUAUUUUGUACCAAUGAUUAAAUUAGCUCAUUUUUUAAAAGCUGGAUGUGAAGUUACUGUAUUAAUGGCUGAUUUACAUGCAUUUUUAGAUAAUAUGAAAGCACCUUUGGAAGUUGUUCAAUAUCGUUCAAAAUAUUAUGAAUUUAUUGUAAAAUCUAUAUUAAAAUCUAUUGGUGUACCUAUUGAUAAAUUAAAAUUUGUUGUUGGAUCAAGUUAUCAACAAAGUGGAGAAUAUAUAAUGGAUUUAUUUAAAUUAUCUAAUGUUGUUAGUCAAAAUGAUGCCAAGAGAGCCGGUGCAGAUGUUGUUAAACAAGUUGCAAAUCCUUUAUUAUCUGGUUUAAUUUAUCCAUUAAUGCAAGCAAUUGAUGAAGAACAUUUAAAAGUAGAUGCACAAUUUGGAGGUGUAGAUCAAAGAAAAAUUUUUGUAUUAGCAGAAGAAAAUUUACCAAGUUUAGGUUAUAAAAAAAGAGGUCAUUUAAUGAAUCCAAUGGUACCUGGUUUGGGACAAGGUGGUAAAAUGAGUGCAUCUGAUCCAAACUCUAAAAUAGAUAUAAUAGAAGAUCCAAAAAUUGUUAAAAAAAAAAUAAAUAGUGCUUAUUGUGCACCUGGUGAAUUAAAAGAUAAUGGUCUUAUUGCAUUUACAGAAUUCGUAAUACAACCAAUAGAUGAAUUAAAGACUGGGAAAAAUGGAUCAUUUAGUUUGUUCAUUGAUAGACCUGAAAAAUUCGGAGGUCCAAUUCAAUAUGACUCUAUAGAACAAUUAAAGAAAGAUUAUGUUGAUGGAAAAUUAUCACCACCAGAUUUGAAAACCGGAGUAGCAGAUAAGAUUAAUGAAUUAUUAAAACCAAUAAGAGAAGAAUUUGAAAAUAAUAAAGAAUUUCAAUUAGCUCAAAAAGAGGGUUAUCCAGUUGAUAAACCAAAAGAAGAGAAAAAAGUUAAAAAACCAAAAAAUAAAGGUAGUAAAUAUCCAGGUGGUUCUACAGCUACUACUAGUAUUACUAAUAAUAAUAAUAAUAAUAAUAAUAAUAAUAAUAAUGCAAAAGAAGAAGCAGAAAUUGGUAAAACUGUUGAGAGUGUUGAAGAAGCUACAAAUAAAUUAGAUGAAGUUAAAAUAGAGUAA